UUGAUAAAAUGCAUAUACCUGCUCAAUCAUUCUUUAUUACUACAAAGAUAAAAUGGUUGCCUAUGUAGUAGAUUUUAAUGCAACUAAACACCCGAAUAAGAAGAGACCGUGUAUUUUAUAUAUUUUGAUAGAUGUCAUUGUAUUCGCUAACCUAUCAGAUGACGUUUUAAAUGUCGUUCGUUCAGAAAAUUACAGCUAUGUUGAAAGAAAGAGUGUAUUAUAGUAGAGAUAUUUUAAUCUUUUUUAAUUGUUAAGUUAGUGUAUGAUAGUGUUUUAAUUAAUUAUGUGCAAUUAAAUGCUAGUUAAGGAAUGACACUGUUUUAUCAAAGCAAAGUUUUACUUUUGUUUACUUCACAAUAAAUAAUUGGGUGAUCUAUAUUUAGUUACGAAAAUUCUGCAAGAGAUGAAAAGGCACACAUAAUCAAUGCUAUUAGCUGAAUUAUAAUUGUUUACAACAUAAAAUAGUUUCCAAAUAUGACUACUGUAGCUAUGGAAGAAUACGAAUUAAUGAAAGACUCGAAAUAUCGCCUUUACGUAGCAGCGAUUGAUAAAGCGCUGAAGAAUUUCGAAUAUACAUCAGAAUGGGCCGAUCUCAUUUCAGCGUUAGGAAAGCUAAAUAAGGUUCUGUUAAGUUACACAAAGUUUCCGGUAAUACCCAGGCGAAUUAAAAUCAGCAAGAGACUAGCACAAUGCAUGCACCCAGCCUUACCGUCAGGCGUGCACCUGAAAGCCUUAGAAACCUACGACAUCAUAUUCAGGUGCAUGGGCACAAAUAGAAUCGCCUGCGAAUUGUUCAUCUACAGCUCCGGCCUUUUUCCGCUCAUGGGUCACGCAGCUAUGAACAUCAGGCCGACCUUAUUGACCGUCUACGAGACCCAUUUCGUUCCUCUGGGGUACAGACUGCGGCCCGCGCUCAGCGGGUUCCUCAGCGGCAUUUUAUUAGGCCUCGACACCGGUACAGAUCACUACGAUAGGACUAAUUUGCUGUUGGAGAACGUUUGCGAGGGCGUCGAGCCGCCCUUUUUCUACACCUGCAUUUGGCAAUGCGUCGCCAACAACAGUCACGUGCGAUUGCCUGCUGUUAGCUACGUAUUGGCGCAUUACAGCAGGAAAUUAUCCAUGGAGGAUCAGCUGCAUUUGAUGGGGUGCGAUAUCGGUUUGAUGGUGACUGGUUUGUGCGCCGCUGUGCAGGAUUCGAGCGUGUUAGUGCAAAGAUCCGCGCUGGAUUUGCUGAUGGUUUGUUUUCCCAUGCAAAAUAAACAGCUGUUGUACGCUGAUAUGGUUCGCUUGGUAACGGCUGCUCUUACUACCAUAUUGAGGCGAGAUAUGUCUCUAAAUAGGCGACUGUAUUCCUGGUUGUUGAGUACGGAAGUAAACGUGCACUCGGUGCAAUUAGAAAGCGAUUUAGAGGAAACGGUAUUGCAGGAACAACAUUCGAUAGCCUACGAUUUGCUAAACGACGCUUUGAAGAUAAUAUUGAAGAAAUGCAGCGCGGAAAUACCGAUCGACGUGAAACCUUACAGGCUUCUGAUAUCGUUGUUCGAUAAGCCUCAAAUAGGACCGGUCAUUUUGGACAGCAUAUUGUGCGAUGUAUUCAGAACGCUCUAUCUAUCUUGCUUGCACCAACAGAAGAACAAAACGAACGUAGUGCGGUGCGUGUCUUUCACCGGGGACUUGACUAGUUUGAAAAACGACGAUAACGUUCUGAGCAAACAGUUCGUUAUGAAGAAUUGUCCCGAGUUGAUCAAAAACGCUAAUUUGUUGUUCAACACGUUACAAAGGCAUUACAUUUGGACUUACAUUGAAAAUUUAUUCGUAGAAGCCGUGAAAAACGUGAAAACUUACAAGUACAGGGAUAGAAAUCAAGUGAGCGAAAUAGGCAGCGGGCCGCCGCAUAUACUAGAAAUUUGCAUAUUAACAGACUUUUUGUUGGAUAUAAUUCCUAUAGAAUCGUACGCGGAGAACGCUAACGAUAUACUACCGGAUUUGUUUUGGAAAUUGAUCUCUGUGCUGGAAACGAACUUGCCCGAUCUAAACCAAUGCGACAUAUCGGAGAGUUUGCAGUUGUGUACGAAAAUUCUAAGCAAAAUCCAACCGAUGGCGACGCCCACGCCUAACACCAGUUUAAACUCCACGCUGAGCGACAGCUUCGAGAAGACCUUGGAGAGCUCGAUGUCGGAGGAGCGGCAGGAGAACGGCGAGCUCAAGACGCUCGAAAAGAGCAAAUCCGAUUCGAAAAUCAACGAAAACCUCAGCAACCCCGGCAGGAACGAGUUAACUGUGGGCGAGAACAACCGCGAGCGGUCCUACAGCAAUCAGAUGUCGAUGAAAAAAAAGGAGAAAUCCAGCCCGCGCAUCGACAAGAAACCGAAGAACAAAAAAUCGAAAUCGACGCCGAAGCUCAGCGACGACGCCAAGAACGACAACGACGAUUCGAUCGGCUCGGAAACCGCCGUCGCGGCGCCCGAUAAGAAACCCGCGCCCGAACCGUCCGCGCUCGCCGGCGUCGAGAACAAGCAUUUCGUGCGGUGCCUCGACGAGUACAAGCGCUUCUACGCGCAGUUCAUCAAGGUCAAACUCCUGCCGCGCACCGACGUCGACGCCGCCAUGGAGCAGUUGAUCUGCGAGAAAAACGACCACACCAAUCGGCUGGCGCGGCUGCUCGACGCCCGGCUCAGGGGCCACUUCGACGCCGGAUGUCUGGAGGGCGGCGCGCCGUCGAGGAAACCGUCGCGAUUUGCGAACUUCGACGGCAGGAGGAACGAAAACGACUACGAGCGCUCGAUGAGGAUCGCUUCGAAUAUACUGCUCGAGUUUUCCGCUUUUCCUAAUCUGAUCGAUCCCAAAAUCGACAAGGAGGAUCAUCUACCGGACUGGGUGAAAUCUUUGAUUGUGGCGGCAUGUUGUAGCGAAUCCUCGAGAGAUAAUCAACUGACGGCGAUGAAUACAUUGUUAGAAAUAUUCAAUUUGGCUAAUACGGCCUUAUUGACUAAGAAAUUAGACUGCAAUACGAAUAUAGUGAUAACGGGUAUUUUAGGAAUUAGGCAUGUUAGGUAUAUAGAAGAGAACACACUAGUCAUAGAAGAAAUGUGUCAAAUUUUAUGGGACUUACUGGGCUUGUUAGACAAUCAAAAUCAAAUAAUGUUAUGCGUCACGUUACUGUAUCAAAUACAUAAUACGUUCGAUAACACCUUAUUCGUCGAGAAUGUGAUUAACAAAUUCCUCACGCAAGAAAAUAUUACCGUUAAAUACGUGAAGCAGUUUUUCCUCCUCUGGCACUUGGGUCGGGAUUUAUCGAUAAAAACCUCCCCCAACAAACCCGAUUUGAGGAAUUUCGACAGAUCGCUAUUAAAAAUGCUGGACAACCUCCAAAACAAGGACUCGCCCCAUCUCCAGCUCCUCUCCGAAGCGUUCCUCACGCACGCGCUCCUCCACAACGACAUCUCCAGGAUAAUCAACCCCAUUUUGUUGAAGCUGCUCGCCUCGAACACGGCCCGCGUGUCGAUCAGGCACGUGAACAUCCAGGACUCGGAUUCGCAGAGCGACAUCGCCGCGCAGGACCACAACCGCAUCGAGAACAUCCAAUCGAAGAAGAUCUACGCCGUGAGCAACGUCAACGGCAACAUCAUGUACCACGUCACGGACAGUCCGAGCGCGAAACCGACGAAGAAACGAUGGUUUGUAUUCUCCAAUAAAGCGGGUAAAAGAUUAUCGUCGCCCGUUAUCAACAUGACGACGAGCAUCAACGAGGAUUCCAACGUGGUGACUAAAAAGAACAGAGAUUUUAAAGGAGUUAACGCUUCCCCGAAGUCGGAGAAAUCCGUUAAGAACGUCAAACUGAUUAUCAACCCUUUGAGUUCUAAAGAAGUGUACCCGAUGGGUAUAGACGGUUCGUACACCAAAAGAAGCUCGAAUUCCUCGUUAGAAAGCCUGUCUUCGAGCAACGAUCUCACUCAAACCAGCAACGAGGAUUCCUUCGGUAAAAGCCUCACUCCAGACAAAUUCAACGGCGAAAGAGACUCGGGUUUCGACAGUUUAAAAACCAAAAACGGCUUGGAAUCAUCAAUCGAAAGGGAAUACAAAGCUAAAGUGUUACUAGAUAGCAUCGAACCCAUCACCGACGGACUCAUAGUGGAAGCGGUAAACGACAAUUUGAAUUUCUCGAAAAUACCGAAGUCCCACAGCUUCGACGAUCAAAUCAACUUCGCCAAGGAGAACAACCUGGUGCAGAGCUGGUCGUAUUGCAUAUCCGAUUCGGACAACUUGCACGGCCACUGCGAGCUCGAGCUGAGCAAAAGCGCCGAGGAUUUCUUCCGCAGGAACGAGGAGAAAUACAUUGUCGGCGAAAUAUUGAGCGAGAUCAUCGAUAAGGUGAUCGAAGACGUCGAAGACGGCCCCGCCAGGCCCACGGACUUGGAUUUGAAAUCGAAAAUCUACCACGCCACGCACAAGAACUUGGUUUUGUAUCCGAUACACUCGCACUUGUGCUUGUACUACGAAAUUUUCGAUUCCAAUCAGAUCAUCUACGCGUUGCACACGCUCAAAAGUUGCAUAAACUCCAACUCGCAGUUGUUCAUCAAAUGCCUGGCUACCAGCGGGAUGAAGGAUUUGAAAUGCAACGAGAUUUUAAAUCUGCUGGCUCGCCACAGGAAGUCUCUGUUAGGAUACGGAUUCUCGGGCGAUCUGAGCGCCGAUCACACGAACUUCUACAGGGGCUACAUGUUCCUGGACGUGAUAAUUUCGAUAUGCCUCAAUUACUCGAGGACUUUCUUCCCGUUUUUGGACGACUCGAGCUUGCUGACCGAAGAAAUGAACAACAAUCUGAAGAUACAGUUAGAAAGCUUGGACAUACUGAACAUCGUACUAAAGAAAUUGAUCAUAAUGGUGGACGAGAACAGCAAAGGGUUCUCCAGCUACAUAGCUGAUUUGUUGGUGAAGUGCAAAUUACAAAAAAUUCUACUCAACUGUCUGCUGAUAUCCGUGCGAAAUUUCGACGACGAAAUGACCUUCGCCGAAGAGAUCCUGGCCUACAACAACUUCCAGCUCUGCGACAACAACAACCGAGUGGGCGAGCACGUGGAGGCCUACCAGAUCCAAAUACUGCGUUUAAUCAACUCGCUAAUCAUACUCGAAUCGAAGAUCUUCUCGCAAAAAUCCGACGAAAGCAUCAACGUCUCGGUGACGUUGAUACCGCAACAGCAAAUCUUCCUAUCUGCCGUGAUGAGCGCCCUGAGGCAGCAGAACAUGAAGCACUUGCACGAGAACUGGCUGCGCUUGGUCACCACCUGUCUGCCGCACUUCGGCGACAAUUUGAAGCAAAUAUCGAUCAGCGUCGUCCAUCAGAUAUGCAACAACAUCGAAGAAAUCGCCUCGAACUACAACAAGACCGAAUUGGAGAACGAACUGUGCUCGGACUACGCCGUAACACAGCUGGAAGCUCUCACUAUCUUGUGCCAUUAUUGUCUGUUGGAUUCCUCGCAGAACGUUCCGAGCACCCCGAACACUCCUCCUACGCAUACCGGCGAGAUCAUCAACAAUCUCUUCAACGUGUUCUUCUCGCCUUUAGCCAACGAUUUGAAUUUAACGGCUAAACAGAACUCGGAUCACUACCAGAACGCCAGGAAGACGAUCCUCGGCCACAUGCCUCGGAUCAUUUCCAGCGUUGCCAAGCUGUGGCAGACGAUCGUAAAUUUGGAGGGCGAUUUCAACGGCGUCUUCGGCAAUUCGAAGGUCGUCAAACAGCAAUUGUUGGAGUUUCUGAGCCCCAUUUCGGUGCAUCACAGCGCGAGCUUCCUGGCCGCCAUUUCGGUGACUUGGUACGAACGGAGGAAUCCAUUCACUAACGUCAAAACGGUGCUUCCCGAACCGAAUUCUAGCCAAAACAAUCUAGUUUACCUCAUUUUGGCUAUAAGAGUUAUUCCAUUAGAUAAUUUAGUGCAAACUGUGACGGCUGUGAUAAAGAAUCCUCCACCUACGGAAGGACUUAGUUCGGAUAUUUGUUUGGAUGUCUCCGUUUUGGAAUUGUUCUAUUGUUACAUGCGCAAUGCGACGUCCACCCAACUCUUCGAGGCUUGGGGUUCGCUUCUCACGUUAAUUAGAGAAGGUUGUUCGUUAUCGCCGCCGGCCCAGUUCCUGCUGGCCGCGAUCCUGCACGAAAUCAUGAUCAAAUGUUGCCCGUUGGAGGAAAAGAAAGACCAAAAGGACCUGCAAGAUGUAACCGCUAAGUUGAUCGAUUGCGUAUCGCAAGUGUGCGGCUCCUGUUUGGAACAAACGACUUGGCUGCGGAGGAAUUUCGCCGUAAAGGAACAGGACGACGAAUCCGUAUCGGAUUCUAACACGAUAAGCGGCAGCCACAGCGAUAUAUUUUUGAAUUCGAGCCACAGCGUACAGGCGCAAUUGGUCCUUUCGGAAAUAUUAGCACCCAUUCUAGACAUAUGCUUCGGUUCUUCGGAGAAAGACAAAGUCAACAAUAUAUUAGUAUCGUUGAUGUGCAAUAUAGUCCCUUACCUGAGGACUCACACAGUCAGGAACAUGCCCAGUUUCAACGCUUGCUCGAAGUUGCUGUCGAGCCUCAGCAGUUACCAGUACACGAGGAAGGCUUGGAAAAAGGAUGUGUUCGAUCUACUGUUCGACAAUGCGCUCUUUCAAAUGGACUAUUCUUGCAUGAAAUACUGGAGAGUGAUCGUGGACAAUCUCAUGACGCACGACAACACCACUUUUAGAGAUCUGAUGAAUCGCGUUUCGAUGAAUCAAAGUGGAAGUUUGAAUAUAUUUUCGUCUAGAGAGCAGGAGUACGAGCAGAAGGCGCAGCUGUUGAAACGAUUGGCGUACGUGAUAUUUUGCAGCGAGAUGGACCAAUACGCUAAAUACAUGCCUGAUAUUCAGGAACAACUGACGAGUAGUCUAAGGCUGAGCGUUCCCGGCGUACAGGCGCAAGUGUUUAUGUGCUUUAGAGUCAUAUUGAUUAGGAUGAGCCCUUUGCACGUUACGUCUCUGUGGCCCAUUAUCAUCAGCGAAAUGCUGCAGGUUUUCCUGCAAAUCGAACAGGAAUUGUCUACCGACACUGAAGAAUUCAGGUCCAACAACAGCUCUCAUAUAAAACUAAUGUCAUCUCUUGAUGCAAGCUGGGCAACGAACAGCAACAACGGCCUGCACGCCUUGGGCCAUCCUCACUGGUUGAGAUUGCAGUUAUCCACCGCCAAGUUAUUGGAUUUGGCUCUACUUCUACCCGCCACUACGCUACCGCAAUUUCAAAUGUAUAGGUGGGCGUUCGUGGGCGACGAUCUACUGAAACAGAACCCGGGCCAGUUCAAUCAAACGUCCUUCCUGCCUCACGUCGUCAGGAUAGCGGAUCUGAUGAACAAAAAGUACCCGGACAAUCACAUAGACGUGCUGCCGAUGAACAGGAACGAGUUGCUGUUGACGGCGAAUAACAUAACGCAAUUGCGGGAUUUGCACGGGUUCUUCAAGACGUUGAGUUCCUGUUCGGACAGGCACCGGACCGAUUGCGGUAAAUUCGUCACCGGCGAUUAUUUGUUCAACAACGCCGAGCGGCAGCAGGACAAGCAAUUGGACGCCGUUUUGGAGAAGAUCGACAAAAUCGUGGAAAUGGACUUUUUGGAUAAGAUUCCGAGAUAAAAGCGCUUUGAUGUGAUAGCUCGUAGUUCCGGAUAAUUGCAAUGUUGACAAGACGAACGCAUGGUUUAGAAAAUUGUUUAAUGCUCUUGAAUUAAUGGACGUAGCUUAGGA